UCUGCUCAGAGCUGGCACCACCACAGGAUGAACAUGGCCGACAACUCCACUAGCAACCUCCAUUCUACUGGGCCGCAGCUGAGUGUGGCUGACAUCAUCAUCAUCACCGCGUAUUUUGCCCUGAAUGUGGCCGUGGGCAUAUGGUCCUCUUGUCGGGCCAGCAGGAACACCGUGAGCGGCUACUUCCUGGCAGGCCGGGACAUGACAUGGUGGCCGAUCGGAGCUUCCCUUUUUGCCAGCAGUGAAGGCUCUGGCCUCUUCAUCGGCUUGGCAGGCUCAGGUGCAGCUGGAGGCCUGGCCGUCGCAGGCUUCGAGUGGAAUGCCACAUAUGUGCUGCUGGCGCUGGCAUGGAUCUUCAUCCCCAUCUACAUCUCCUCGGAGAUCGUCACUUUGCCUGAGUACAUUCAGAAGCGCUAUGGAGGCCAACGGAUUCGCAUGUACCUGUCUGUCCUCUCCCUGCUGCUGUCUGUCUUCACUAAGAUAUCGCUGGACCUGUAUGCCGGGGCUCUCUUUGUGCACAUCUGCCUGGGCUGGAACUUCUACCUCUCCACCACCCUCACACUGGGCAUCACAGCCCUGUACACCAUUGCAGGGGGCCUAGCUGCUGUGAUCUACACGGAUGCCCUGCAGACGCUCAUCAUGGUGGUGGGGGCUGUUAUUCUGACAGUCAAAGCUUUCAACCAGAUCGGUGGUUAUGGGCAGCUGGAGGCAGCCUAUGCCCGCGCCAUCCCCUCCAAGACCAUUCCCAACACCACCUGCCACCUGCCAAGGGCAGACGCCAUGCAUAUGUUCCGAGACCCCCACACAGGGGACCUGCCAUGGACCGGGAUGACUUUUGGCUUGACCAUCAUGGCCACCUGGUACUGGUGCACUGACCAGGUCAUUGUGCAGCGGUCACUGUCUGCCCGGGACUUGAACCAUGCCAGGGCAGGCUCCAUCCUCGCCAGCUACCUCAAGAUGCUCCCCAUGGGUGUGAUCAUCAUGCCGGGCAUGAUCAGCCGGGCACUGUUCCCAGAUGAGGUGGGCUGUGUGGUUCCGUCUGAGUGUGUUCGGGCCUGUGGGGCCGAAGUCGGCUGCUCCAACAUCGCCUACCCUAAGCUGGUCAUGGAGCUGAUGCCCACAGGUCUGCGGGGGCUGAUGAUUGCAGUGAUGAUGGCCGCACUCAUGUCGUCGCUGACCUCAAUCUUCAAUAGCAGUAGCACACUCUUCACCAUGGACAUCUGGAGACGGCUGCGGCCCCAUGCCAGUGAGCGGGAGCUGCUGCUAGUGGGACGGCUGGUCAUCGUGGUGCUCAUCGGUGUGAGUGUGGCCUGGAUCCCCGUGCUGCAGGGCUCCAACAGCGGGCAGCUCUUCAUCUACAUGCAGUCGGUGACCAGCUCCCUGGCUCCCCCAGUCACUGCAGUCUUCGUCCUGGGCAUCUUCUGGCAGCGUGCCAAUGAGCAGGGGGCCUUCUGGGGCCUGAUGGUGGGGCUGGCGAUGGGAGCCACAAGGCUGGUUUUGGAAUUCCUGCACCCUGCCCCACCCUGUGGCGAGCCGGACCCACGGCCGGCCAUCCUGGGCAGCAUGCACUACCUACACUUUGCCAUCGCCCUCUUUGUGCUCACCAGUGCUGUUGUGGUGGCCGGGAGCCUGCUGACCCCAGCUCCCCAGCGUGUUCAGAUUGAGAAUCUCACAUGGUGGACCCUGGCUCAGGACCUGCCCUUGGGAGCCAAAACAGGUGAUGGCCAAAAGUCCCAGAAAUACACUUUCUGGGCCCGUGUCUGUGGCUUCAAUGCCAUCCUUCUCAUGUGUGUCAACAUCUUCUUCUAUGCAUACUUCGCCUGACGCUGCCACCCAGGGCAGCAGGCAGGAGCCCUGAGUCCUUAGGUCUACCCUUUCUUCUAAUGGGGACACCAAGGCCCAGAGCUGGACUCUCCUCCCAGCUACCCAGUGGGUCAGUACACAGGGACUGGCUGAGCUAGCAAAGCGGGAGCCCAGAAUAAUUAGGGAGAAAUGGGGAAAAAAUUGUAAAAUUUCAAAAGUAGCGCCAAAGUCGUCAUAAUUGGAAAGAAAAUUAGAUUUCUGAUGGACAU